AGCUUUGACAAGCGAAAGCAAAGACACCAAAACCAAGCAAAAAAAACAAUUAGACGAUUUCGAGUGCUGCAAGGUCCUGAAAUUUGCAACAAUUUCGGGGGGGGUUUGUUGCCAUUUACUAAAUCUCCUAGCAGCAGAAUCUUUAUUGUGCGUGUUCGCUAAAGUGUGACCCAAAGUGCAAAGAGUGUUGUAGAGUGCUUCGAUUUUGUUCUCCUGCGGACGGCCGCACCGUCACAACAGCCACACGCGCGCACACACACACACGCACUGUUGUUGCAAAAACAAGGCAUCGGGUGAAGAAAAAACACACAAAUGGAGUAGGAAAAGGCAUCCGGACAAAACAAGGCUCGCCAGUCGGUCAGGAAUCGUAACGUGGUACACCGUGCGCAACGUCCUUUCCAGCGAUAUCCAAGCCCCAAUGGUAUUUACAGCAGUGGUGCGUGUCAUUGAGACUGCCCGACCAGCAGGAGCCAAACGCGUUUACGCUUCGAAUGAGGUCCUUCAAGGCUUCAGGCGCGCUGAGAUGCUGCUUGAAUUAAUAACGAGCUGCUGGUAGAAGCGUUCUUUCGAAUACGGCCAAUCUCAUCGAUUUCGCUCACUCCAAACCGUCCCCGACAGGCUCGACGUCCUGUGGUGCAUUUGGCCAAACGCGCUCGCCGUGCUGCAUCCGGCCCGAAAACUCGCACUCUCGUUAAGGCUUCCUGUUGCGGUCUGGCCAUUGCCGCGGAUAUUCCGGAAGUAGUGAACGGGUGAAAUACGCUUCUCAGAAUGAUCGAUGAAAUCGUGGAUCGUAUCGUUCAGUUCUUUUCCACGGGGCUUGUGGAGAAAAUCAUUAAAGCUUUCCUCGUCCUAUGCGAUCGAUUCGUCAACUUCAUUCUCUCCCUGUGCGAGGGCAACAAUUACAAGAAGAAGGACGAAACGGUUGAUGUGCUGUAUACUAGCGGCAACUUUUUGGUGAUCAACAAAAAGCACGAUUUGCUGAUCAAUUCUAAUGACACUAAAAAGAAAACGGUGCAAACGAUCAUGCGAAAACAGUUUCCCGAGUACGUGCAGGAUAAUUUGACGCAUGAUUUCUAUUUUGCCCAUCGGCUGGAUUUUGCCACCAGUGGAAUACUGUGCAUUCCGCUGAAUAAAAACGCUUGCAAGGAGGUUUGCCAGGUGUUCGAAGAGCAGCGGGCCCGAAAGUACUACCUAGCUUUACUUCGCGGACAUACCGAUUUCGAUGAGGAAGUGAUCGACAUAGCGAUCGGCGAGGAUGUGCGGUUCAAGGACACGAGCAAGAAGAUGUGCACCAUCCUCGAGGACGAACUGUGUCAAAAUCCGCGUCGCAGUAUAACGAAGGUGCUGGUGCUGGAUCGGGGCUACUACAACGGAAAGCCCGUCACCAAAGUGCUUUUACGGCCCAUCACCGGCCGGCGGCAUCAGCUGCGACUGCACUGCUCGCAGAUCGGGCACGUGAUCGUGGGCGACUACACGUACAGCUUGAAGAUAGACACCUCGCCGCCCCGUAUGUUUCUCCACGCGUUCCGGCUGGUGCUGCCGAACACGAUCGAAAAUCUCGACAUCCAGACGGACGAUCCGUUCACGGAGAAAUCGCUCAAGUACAAGUGGAAGGUGGUGGAGCAGGUGAACAGCAUUGCGACCGCGUUCGACAUCAUUGACUCAUUUUAACAUUUGUGGGAACCAUGUAGAAUAUACUUUUGUAGGUCGCGUUCGUUCACGUUUCGGUUGGACCAUUUCCGGCGCCGGUUGAAUGUAAAUAUUCGUUCCUUUUCUCGAAUUUAUUCGCUCUAGAACCAAAACCGUUGCUCUCCCCUUUUCCCCGCCUUUUUUUUUGUGUGGCUCAACCGAGGGCCCGGAAAGCUAAGCUUUUGGACUUGAUGAAAAAGCUCGAUUACGAUUAGAUCGGAUACAAAACCGCAGGGGGACCGUUCGUUAUAGUCUUUGCAAAUUCGUCUCGGUUCGGUAUGAGUUCAUUUCCACGUUACACUUCACGGUACUGUAAUGUGAUGACGUAUUGUAUUGUAUUAGUAGACCUCGAAUGAUCUUCAUUAAAUGCGAAAUGGAAGGAGCGAUCGAUGCUAGUCAACACAACCAAACACGCGCUAGUCUAGAACAAGUAAUUGAGCAACGUUAAGAGAAAGCGAUCGUAAGCCCAUAGUUAAGUAACUUUCAAAAGCUUCCCUCUCGGACAAAUUUGGAUGAACGGUGGGAGGUAAAAUCGAGAGAGAGAGAGAGAAAGAGAGAGGCUGUAGUCUAGCAUAAACACAACACAACAAGCCGCAUCCGGCGGGCACCCGAUGGCGAUGGUUGCCGCCAGUACCGAGACGUAAGCCGACGGAAAUUCUGAACCGUAUUGUUGCUCGCUAAAGGUUUUCCGAUAACGACGUCCGGAAUAUUGUUUCAAAUCCUCUCAUUUUCCCCAAAAGCUUAUCUUAAAGACAACUUUAACAGAAGAUACAAAGUAGCGUGACUCGUAAAUUAUUUAUUCGGAAACAAGCAAAUCUCAUUAAACUCUAAUACCGUUUACGCAAUAGAGGAAGAAAUUAGAUAGCGAUUUACUAUUGAAAUGAUCGUCGUGUUUUCUCGCCCGAGCUACACGGAGUUACACUACUACAACGUACUUUCACAUCACAUUAUAGAAAGAUGGCUAGCAAAGAAAUUCAAGCAAAUAGAAGCGAUUAUUAAAACAAAGACGGCGACGACCACACACGUACACCAGGCACACCCCAUACCAAUAAAAACAGCCAAAAGAGUAGUAGCGCGAAGAGAUCCGGCCUCUUACACGACACGAUUACACGUAAGGCGGUAAAGGACAAACACAUUCCGGCUUACCGAACACCACUACUAUACGCACGUCACACAAAUAUUGCGCCCAUUGACGCACAGCUUAGGGGUAGUUAUGGUUUCCUUCAAGUGAUCUCUAAUUUAGCAUUAGUUUUGACGUUGCGUGCGCUGUAGAAAGUCAGUUAUCUUUAAUCGUUAUCCAAGCCAAAUGUUGCAAUUAUUGCUGCACAGCAUAGAGUCACUUACGCGCGCUGUACCGUAAAAUGCACAAACUUAAUUGCAACCGUUACUUCUUUAUUACGCACAUUAUUAACAAGCUGUGUUUGCUGUCGGUUUGAUUGUGUUGCGCUAGUUUCGCUUAAUGCACCUGUUAUUGCUGCGAUACAUGAGAGAAACCGAGACACAACACUGUACAGGGUUAGUGAGAGAAAGCAGUUAAAAAUGUUAUAAAAGCUUUCCCGAACAAGCAGACAAAUUUAAUUCUUAGUAGUAUAGGCCGCAUGAGCGAAGGCCGGAGCGAGUAAUACCAGUCAGCAGCCAGUCAGUCAGUCAGUCCACCGAGCCUCAGAACAAACAAAAAAUCGAAAUGAUAUCAACAAAAAAUAGACAACAAACCACAAACGAACACUCACACACACUUCACAAUUUUGUACCUUUAUCUCAAUUAACUAUUCGCGGAUAUUGCACACACCACCUGUCGUCCUAUCUGUCCUCCCGCUCACGAAGCUCGUAAGAAUGCUACACAAAACAGGUCCUCGCUCGUGCGCCGGAGAUCCCCAGAACAACCUCUAGUCAAGCUUUGCUACCAAAAACUCUCUUAAAACCUAUCGAAAAAUGUGAACAGAAAGCAGAAGCAGGUGGACAGAAUUUCUCAAAUCUUACCUUAACUCACGCCCAAAUCACGUACGGCAAGUAAAUGCGAAAAUAAGAAGCAAAUCGAAAGCUGGCGAACGAGCGCGAUACACUAUAGCAUAUUGCAGUGCAGAUUUUGCUUGAACGUUUAACUCUAGAUCACCACUUACUAUCGAUAGGAUCCACACGGAACAUACACGGUCGCGUUAGUCCGUAAUUUGAUUGAUUUUUGUAAUACUUUAUCUGCCUAGAAAAGGGGGUUUCGUUUCAAAUGUGAAUGCUGUGCAACUAUGAAUAGGCAAACGUAUAGCCGCUUAGUGAUGGAUCGCAAAGAUUCCAAAAACAAAAAGAAUCAGAACAAUCAGAAGCUGGAGUGAGCCAACGUACGCGAUAAGGAAUCGAACGGACAUCCCUGUUUCAGGCAGGGAAAGGUGAGAGAGGAAAAACUUUUUUUCGGAGUUGUGCUCCUGUACGUUGUAGGAAAUUCACGACAACACGACGUAAAACAUGUACUACCGAAUGCGGAGGCAUCCAUCCCGUUUGUGAUAUCCAUUUGACUUUAGUGGUGACCGGAGCAGCAUUGUUCGCAUUGUGUUUCCAUCACUGCCAUGUUACACUUAAAACGUAAACCUCCGGGGAGGGUAUAACAAUGAACAAACAAACGAGUCUAAAGGCAACGUCGUCACUACUAACCGUACGUAAGUCUAAAAAUCCUUGUUUUAUCAAAUCAAUGCAAACUCAGGAAGCAGUCAGCAGCGAAGACAGUCUGUUACCUAGGUCUAUACGGAUCCAUUAACGUACUCCAAACUCCAACCACACAACAACAACACGCGCGCGAUCGUACGAUCGUCUCCUCUCCACGUGGCUGGUAUGAGUUGUACAAAAGGGGACACCACAGCGUGUACUUGAAUCAAAUCAAUCUGCAAAAAUCUGGAGACGAGCGGUGGCAACAUUACAGUGUCCUCACGAUAAGCCAACAGGACUCGUAAAACCCGGUACAAUUUAGUGUAAUAAGUGCGCACUGCGAGAUGAGAAAGGCGCAAAACAGCAUUGGUAUUCCGGUUUUUUCCCGCCAAGUGUCCAAUCUUUGACAAAGCUACGGGGACAAAACGUUGUAUAAAAACGGCUAAAACACGCGAUCCAAAUCGAGUUCAGUAACUCUAACCAAACACACAGACAUUCUCUCACACACCCGAGUAAAAGCAAAUCUUUGCGCAGAUAGAAUUUGUUUGCCUGUUUCCGUUCGUUGAUUGUUGACUAAUAAGCCAUUGCAGAACCUAUUAAACUUUAAAAAUGGAAAAUCUCUCUCACACACACACACACACAUAAACAUAUACACACACGAUAAAAUCGAAUGCAAAAGCAAAAUCAUUAUCGGAAAAUUGAUAAACAUUUAGAUGGAACAAAUAGAACGCGCGUGCAAACAGAUACACACACACACCCAACCACACACACACAAACGCACGCUCGAACGGGGCGGGUGGUGUUGAGCUGUUAAGGUGUAAGUAAAAGCGAUUAUAUAGAUAUAUAUAGUAAAAACCCGAAAGAACCAACCAAACCAACUAAAAUCGAAUCCAGAUUUUUUCUUAAAACAUACGGACGGAGGAGAAAGCAAAUCAAGAUACGGAGGACGACGAAGAGAAACGGAAGAAGCAACGGGGCAACAAUUUAUGUACGUACAUUAAAUAAUUUCUUUUGAAAAGAAAUAAAAACGCUUUUUGAAAUCGAUCCAAACAUAA